AUUUAAUCUACAUCUUAUCUGGUAAUGUUUUUUUCUGCACUUAUUGACUGGUAAGAUCAAUAGUCCAUCCUGUAACACAGUUGCCUGGAACUUAGUAAAAGUAAGUUAUUGUAGUAACAGGUUGGACCAGUCUACCCUCUCCAACUGGGCUUGGAAUAAGAAGUUUGGUUUGUUUGGAUCUUUACAUGAACAGCACGGAUCCAAGCAGAAUAAAGUGCCCUGGACUCAUCUAACCACGGAAUGGCUCCAGUGAACCAGCCAAAGGAUAAGAAGCGUGAGAGGGCAUGUCAGCAGCGGCCAGAAGAGGCAAAAUCAGCUGGGAAGAGGAAACGGGACUAUGGAGAAAGAGGGAAUGAGAAACAAGAAAAGAAGUUGUUUGUGAGAAAAACAUCUAAACCCUCAGGGAAAAUAGGUUGCAGUGGAGGUGGAUUUGUGAUGAGAAGCAAGAGAGUUCUUUCCUCUCAGCUGGAGCAGCGAUGCAGCAUUGUUCAUUAUGUCUACCAGAAAAUGCUGGGAGGCUCCAUUCAGGCACAGCUCAGGCAGAGAUUGGAGCUGGCUUUUCUGCAUUCUCUUUCCUCAUACUGCCUCUUUCGAAGAGCAAGUCCCUUUGACAGGAGAGUGACGUGUCUGGAAUGGCACCCAACACACCCCAGUACGCUAGCUGUCGGUUCCAAAGGUGGAGACAUCAUCCUUUGGGACUGUGAAGUACUUGCUAAAACCUGCUUCAUAAGGGGGAUGGGAGCUGGAGGGGCCAUCACAGCAAUGAAGUUUAACCCUUUUAACCCUAGUCAGCUGUACACUGCGUCAGUUGCCGGCACUACCACCCUGCAGGAUUUUAAUGGCCAUACUGUCCGGGUCUUCACCAGCACCGAGGACUGGGAUUGCUGGUACUGCAGUGUGGACGUUUCUGCAAGCUGCCGUGUAGUGGUGACAGGUGAUAAUGUGGGCAACGUGGUCCUGCUCAGCACUUCUGGUGAAGAGAUCUGGAAGCUGAAAUUGCACAAGAAGAAAGUGACUCAUGUAGAGUUUAACUCCCAGUGUGAGUGGAUGUUUGCCACAGCAUCUGUGGAUCAGACAGUCAAAAUCUGGGACCUCAGAAACAUGAAAAACAAAACAAACUUUCUUCAUCUUCUUCCACAUGAGAAACCUGUCAAUGCAGCUUGCUUCAGCCCAACACAUGGUGCCAAGCUUCUGAGCACAGAUCAGCACAAUGAAAUCAGAGUUUACUCAUCUUCAGACUGGACCAAGCCACAGCAUCUAAUUCCACAUCCACAUAGGCAGUUUCAGCACCUCACACCUAUUAAGGCAACGUGGCAUCCUCGCUAUGACCUCAUUGUCGUAGGUCGCUACCCGGACCCCAAGUUCCCUGGGUACACACUGAACGAGCUGCGAACUGUGGAUGUGUUCGACGGAAACACGGGUGACAUGGUUUGUCAGCUCUACGAUCCAAAUGCUUCUGGGAUCAUCUCGCUCAAUAAAUUUAACCCUAUGGGAGACACACUGGCUUCUGGCAUGGGCUUUAAUAUUCUGAUCUGGAACCAGGAGGAGAUGGCAGCCAAGAAGCAUGAACAUCUUUUGAAAGCCAUGACAGACACAGACAUGGAACCAUGAGAGAACAGGGGAUUGGAAGCUGGAGUUCAUCCAGACAUGGAGGGCAGAGGCAGGCAAACCCUGGCACAAGCAAACUCAAAAGCUAAGUUAAUGUCUGGGGAGCUGGAAUAGAUGAAAACAAAAAGCAGUGAUUCUAAACCCCAGGGAAGGAAGUGAAAAGAGACGGAUCUAGAGAACUGAUUUAGUAUUUUGAUCCUUUCUGAAUCCCAGGAUACAAACUCAGUUGUUGGCGAUAGGCAGUAUAAGCCAUGCAAGGAAUUAGACUUUGUCCUUCCUCCCCAGAUCUGAUGUUGCUUCCCUGGUCCUAUUGGCCUCCCUUUCUAGAAAGUUGUGUCAGUAUUUGGUUCCUCCAAGUGGAGUUACUACUCAUUUUCUGAGGCACUAGGAAAAUUUCAAAGAUGUUCCUAGGUCUUGCUGAAGUUACUGCUUUCAGCCUACUGUACCUAUUUGUCACCACUUGUCAGAGGUUCCCAUUUCCCAUAGUCUGCAGUGGAGCAACUCAUGACAGGGUCCUCAGCAUGUUCUAGUCCAACCAAGUUGAGAAACCAUUUGCUAACAGGAUUGACAUUCUGAAAAGAUAGAAUGUUCACAAGGGCGAAGUCAUGGGUAGCUUGAGUAUCCUAGGAAACACCAAGCUCUCCCACGUGCGAGCUUGGAAAAUGUGCUUUUAAGACAUCAGGCUUAGCCUGUUCUCUGCUUGCAGCUGUUUAACUGGACACAAAGAACAGGAUGCCAGAGGUCUCUAUCAUUGCAGGGGCAGUAUGGAGCUGGGCACCUACUGAUUCUGUAGUUAGUAUUUUCAGAGUUCUAGGCUGUUUCUUGCCAAUGAUUAGGUAAUUUUUUUCACCCAUGCCUAUGUGCUUCAGAACGUUUAGUAAGAGUGUUAUAAAGCAGAAUUGAGGGAUUUCUUCCAAAUACCCCUGCUCAGAGCCAAAUCUCAAGACUGUUGUUAAACAGUUAAGUUUUGCUUUUUCUAGUUUGUUUACAAGGCUGCCUGGGGCCUUGCUGCUGUCCCAAAGGUUGAUGGGAUGGGAUGGGCUCCAAGCCUGUGCAGAUUCUCCACAUUCAUGUUUAUAGUUUUGCAGUAUUAAUAUCAAUAAAAUUUUGUACUAAACUAAAAUUCUUCGAUAGAGUGGCUGCUUUGAGGAUACUGCUGAACUGCUUUUGUAGGGGAGAAGUUUGAGACCUUUCUGCAGGAGGUCUAUGAGAUGUACAACCAUGGUAGGAGUACCAGUCAUAGUACUGGGUCUGCAGACGACCCCUCCAAGUUGGGCAGGAUGCAUCAUUAGCUGUAUCUAUACAUAGCUGCUGCAGACAAAACCAGUUUAUGUCAAAUCUCCCUGUGCUAUCUGUGGGAUUGUGAAACAGGGAAUUCCUUUUUGGGGGUAUGCUGCAGUAAAUUCUGCCUGCUUUCCAACACUGAGCACACUGGUGCUAACCCUGUGAACUCCUAGAGAAGAAGAGGAGUAGAGUUCAGUGCGAAAUUGAUUUUAAUAAUGAAAUGUAUUGGAACAAGUACAGAAAGUCAUUCACAGUCAAAAUGUCUAAAUCAUCAUAGAAACCUUUUCUGUGUGUGCAAAAAAUUUUUUUUAAAAAAAUAACAGGUCUGGUCCUCCUAAAUGCACUUUCUAUUACCUCUUUCUUGUGCCUGUUCUCACAGGCAGUAGCAUUUUUUUAAUGACUAUCUUGCUGUGCAGGAGACCUAGUUUGUAUCUUCAGAGGACAAAAAGGUGAGGAAGAUGCUGAGAACAGCAAGCUGCUUCUGCUGAUUUAGGGUUCCCAUGCUGGCAGAUGCUGAUUACGGUGUGGAGAAAAGUCCCCACGGUACUCCUUAGGGGGAACAUAAGGAAAUGUUUGUAACCUAAGAACUGGCUUCUGCAUCCAAGAGGGGAAGGGAACUGCACCAGAAAGGGAAGUAAAAGUAGGAAGUGAAUGUGCAGUAUCACCAUGUGAAGAGCCUGUGCUUCUGGUGCCUGCUGCAGUCUCUCAUUUUCUGCCAAAAACUACAAGGCAGGUGGUGAGCACUUGGUGUGAAGGUCUCUGCGGCAGCUGCAGUGCGCAGAGGCCGGGCUGGAGACAGAAUCACACUUCGGACAAAAUGCCCAAGUGUGACAAAUAAAGGGAUCCACAGUCA